AUGUGCGGAAACUUUGGCCUCCUGCUCCUCCUCCCCGCGCAUCGCCGCGCGACGCUUCGCCUGCUGCGCAAGAUGCUACGCAUCACCAUGAUACGCGGGGCGCAGUCGGCUGGGAUAGCGACGUACGAUCGCUCCGGCGUGGGCUUGCGCUGCAGAGGCCACACCCGCUUCGCAACGUCUUCCGUCUGCAACAUCGCUGGCUGCCACCCGCAUCAGUGGCUACCGCGAUCAAAGCAGAUGGCGUGGAGGCUCGCAACAAACACAGCAUACCGCUUUGUUUGCGAGCGCCGCAGCGUCGAGAGCUUCAUCACGCACAACGGCGACUGCGACGCCUUCACCAUCCACGGCAACAAGUACCUUUAUGCCAUCGCGGACCUGCAGCUCCUCCUCGUCCGCCUUCUGGGCCACCCGAUUCCGAGCGACGUCGACUCUGCGUGCGUGGCAGGCCUACUAGACAUGCUACGAACCAAGGGCGUCUGGCUGGCCUCUUGGCAAGCGCUCGUUGCGUCGAACGAGGAGCUGACCGCCGCUUCGCAGUGCACGCGCGCCUCCAGCGGCGCGGCAGACGCCGCCUCCGCCGAAUGCGUCCUCCUCGAGGCGGUGUGGCAAGAGAAUGGUGGAGCGCAUGCAGGAGCGCUUCGCAAGUGCCCCGCUAGCCGGCAUGCUGCCGCUGCUGCAGGCUGA